AUGGGUAACGGAGUGAUCCCGUUGGUGGUGGUGGCCAUGGUGCCGAUCAUCGCUGGCACGAUCGGGCAACGCGCCCUCGGCAAGAGGAACGCUUCGCCCAGCCUCGACUAUCCCGACUAUUCGACCAAGUACGACGAGUAUCCGGUGGUGGUGCCGAAGAGGGCGGCCCUAUUGUUCGACCAGCUGAUGGUCGCGUUGCAGAAGGUGGUCGACAACCAGAAUCGAGGCCCCGGCGAAUUCGGGGCCAGUAGACCGUACACGAGAUCCUCCGGGUCCCAUCCACCGGCGGUGGACACGCAGCAGAUCGUUGCCUCGGGGGACGAGCAAACGGUGAAGAUGGACCUCCAACGACGCGGCCAGUCGAAAGGACGGGUCUACUGGCGGUGCUACUUCAACGCCGUGACGUGCUUCAAGAGAAAGUGAUAAUGUGACAUGGCCGUGACCAGUCUCCGCCUCGACAACACUUCACGACACCAGACAGUUACCACGAACGAAUAAUAAAUCGCGAAACCAUUUAAAACUAGGCCCUAAAUACAUCGAGAUAACGCUAACGACGAUGAUCCUGCCCCGUUUUUCCUCGCGAGUCGAGAACCCCAAGAAACCCCUUGUCCAACCCCCAGCUGCUUCUA